CCAAGCGUCCUAAUGCUCUAGGAUGAGCACCUCAGCCAUCCGCCGAAAGUCCUACAAGAAAGCCCAGCAAGAGGCAGAGGCUUUUGCUCCCAUCCAGUGGGAGGGGAAUCAUGGUGGAGGCGUGGAAGUGCCGGCUGGUAAACUGCAGGUCAUGGAGAAGUUCUUCACACCCGUGCCAUCAGGCAAGGAGGGGAAGGGAGCUGCUGAUAUGGAUCUGAGGAGCUGCCACCAGCAGUGGGCGGACAGCCGCAGUGAUCGGGGUUCUACCCUCUCUUGGUCCUCUUCCACCACAGCCUCCACCUCCUCAGCAUCUUGGUCUUCAGAGGCCAGUUUCAACAAGAAGACCUUCCUGAAGGCCAGUCCUCACUCUCAGCAUUCUCAGUCCUGCGUGGACAUCUCAAGUCAAGCCAGUGCUUUCCAUCACGGCCGAGAUCAGAAAGUGGCCUACAAGGUGGGAGAUCCAUCUGGUUCCAUGGUUCGGCUGAGGAAAGGCCAGAGCAAGAGCGCUGAUCGGCUGUCCCGUCGCCAGGGCCAUCAGGAAGUCCAGUUGUUACCAGGUCAAACCGACAGCAUUGACAGACGCCUGUAUAAGUCCCCCGGCCUAGAGCGCAGUCUCAUGUUCAAUGAGCAGGCCGAAAUCCUUGCCCCAGGGCAACCUCGCCAAACUGCAGCUUCAGGCCCCAGCAAAGGGAUCUUGAAAAACGGGGCAGUUACCAGAGGUGACCGGCUGCGGAAGGCAAAGUCCAUUGAGACCAUCACUGUACGCUCGCUGGAAGGAGAAUCUCGGCCUCCUCCUGGGCCUGUUGGUCCUCUGCAGCGACAGAAGCAGCCCCCGAGCAGCCUAGAUCUGAGUGCCCCCAAGAAGUCACCCAACAUGAAACGGAGGAAGCUGACCGACGAGAAGAUGCGUUUUUCACAGUUCCUCAAUGAGAUCACUCAGCAAGUAAUGAGCCCUUCUAGUCUCUGUUCCCUGGGCUGGAAGCCCCCAGCUGUUGCCUUGGCCAGCAAACCCCCCAGCACUGAUGGGUCCGAUUCCAAAGGCUCCAGCAGCAAAGCCAGCUCACCUGGGUCCUUUCUGGACGUGGCUGAGGGGAAGGAGGAAAAACCUUCACGAGGGAGAAGGAGACUGGUGAGGCCCUCAGCCAAAGGGGAUUUUGCCCACAAUCACUACACUAGACAACAGCCUAGCCCAGCUCCUGCCAGGACCACUGACGAGACUAGCACCAGUCCAGAAUGUGGCCCUCCUGCUCCUCUGACAGUCAGCUGGGGGAGUUUGCCAAAGCAACCAGGAGAGGCGAGCCAGGGGCGAAAGAAACUGCAGGAAACCAAAGCAGGGCUCGGCAAAGACAGUGAAGGUCAAGAAUUGCCCCUUCAGAAAGCUGAGGAGGACAUGGCAGGAGUUGCUGAGAAGCCAAGUACCACAGACCAUCAGGAGAACCGGGCGGGGAAGACCAGGACACUGAGCAAGGAAUUUCUGGAAGAGGUGAACACAGAACAACGUAUCUCUCCCCAGUUGCAACAGCCAACAUCCUCAGUCAGGAAGGAUGAGGAACAGUCUCGAUCAGGCCAGAAAGAUCUACAGAAAACUUGGGAAGAACUGGAAUCCUUAAAGGAAAAUUUUAGCAAGUUUCAGCAAGAUUAUUCAGACACGCGGCAGACCAACCAACUGCUGGAAGAGAAACUUCAGAAUAUUGCUCAGAUCAUGGCUGAAGAGAGGCAGGCAUUGAACCAGCGGAUUAAUGAACUCCUGGAGAGACUUGUCAUGUCUCAAAACACCCUUAACACCUUGGAGAAACUCAACAUCUCAGGACUGCUGUCCAAAUCCACUGCGGAGCACCAGCACGAAAAGGCCGACUCCCCUGACAGCUUUUGUUCGCUGACCAUCCUGGACAUCGUACCCCCUCCUGAUUUCAGGGAUGGCAUCUCCGACGCUCACCCCACACCCAUCCAGUUUGACUCGGCCACUGAAACCAGUAAGUUAGGCUGCAGCUCUGAGUCAGACACAGCUACCCCCAAUGGAGAGGAGAUCCCACUGCUGAGCUACAAAGCCCUAUCCCCACCACCAGAAGUACCCAGCAGGCAUUGCAGAAACCACACCCAGGUGACCGCCUUCAAGCCUUGGAAGCAGACAUCCACAAAAUUCUCGGUUGAGCACGUCAACUCGGCAGAGGGCGAGUACAGUGGAGAGGAAACAACUCCGCUGUGCCCUCUCCCAACACCACGCUUCUUAUACUUGAGGCAAGAGGCCCUGGUGGCUCCCUCAGGCCCUAGCAGUUUCCCUCCUUUGCCAGGCCCAGAGUCUGUUGUCUUUGGAUUGGUGCAUCCUACUUCCCCCUCUGGCGUUCCACCAAGCGGGCCACUCGAGCGAGUCCCAGAGGUCAGCAGCUCUGAGAGUUCUGACGACGGCGAGGUCUCGUGGUGCCCAGGCUUGAUGGAGAAGGCAUCGGGAUCCCACCUAGAUUAUCAGGCCGCCCAGAAGAUGUUAGACAGCCUGCUCCGCAAGAACUCCGGGCAAGAGAAGACCCUAGGGAAGGAACCCCUCCAGACUGGCAGACUGGGAGGCUUUAGCUUCACCAGUUACCAAGAGGGGAACGGGCCAGGCAGAACUCCAGACCGUCAACACCGAAUUCGCUUCUGUCAGGACUUCUCAAACCCUGUGGAGGAAUUGGCAGAGGGGAAGAGCUACCCCUGCCUCCAGUAUGUCAGAGGGUCCCUCCCGAGGGGUGCCAAGGGGGAAGCAGGGGGGCUGGAGAGCAUCGAUGCUGCUCAAGACUCUACUUUACUCUGAAGUGGGAAGACUGCCGCCGGUACGAGGAGAGAACGCUCGAACACUGCAUGCUCCUGUUCCCUAAUUUCAGCAUUUGUGGGGGGAAGCUGGUUCCAGUUACUCGGUGCUGAGAAGAGUGUGAUUUGCAGGAAGUUUUGCCCAAUGGCACUUGAACGGGAAAGAGAUUCUGGGAUUAUAAUCCAAGUUUCAGGGAAGCCCUGAUAGAUCCUUGUUUCUUCUUCCAGGACUAUCUUUGCUUUGGUUGUGUUUCCCUUUAAUUAAAAAAAAGAUGUGAAACUGAA